AAGUCACUUGGAAGAGCCCUUGGUUUCUCACAGUCCCAUCGUAAUCAUGGAUUUCAAGAUUAUUGUCGGUUUUUGUGUGGUACUUUUGUAUUGCAGUUUGGCAGUGGACAGUAAAGCCGUAGCUAAAACAGAUGCGAAGAAACAGGAAUCUAAAACAAACAAAGAAGCUGAAACUGAUUUAAAGGAUUCUGGAUCAGGAAGCGAUGAUGAUACACCAAUUGACUGCGAUCCGGAAAAGCUAAAAAAAUGCAACAUUAUCUGCGAGAAAAGCAAAACUGUGGAAAAACGCACUUGCAAUUGUAAAGAAGAGCAAAGCAAAGUAGAGUGCGCACAAAAACGAAGAUCUACUUGUGAAGGAAAAAAGAAAUGUCAAAAAUGCUCACACGGUCACGGAGUCGAGAAAAGGUGCAAGUCCGCGCAAGGCAAAAAGAAGAGCUGCGGCUGUUCAAGCCAAAAGAAAGCAUCACCCCUAAUGCAACGCGUGUUUAGAUUCCCCGCCCUUAUGAUCACACCAAUAAAGAGCUACAAUGGAGAUGAAAAGGGUGUAGAGAARAAAGGAUCCAAACGAUGUGGCGAUUGUUGUUGUCACCACUGUUGCUGUUGUGAACCAUGUUGCUGCUGUUGCUGUGAGCCAUGUUGCUGUUGCUGCUGCCAUGAGUGCUGYUGCCCAUGUUGUUGCGAUUGCUGCCACCACUGUUGCCAYUGUUGUCACUGUUGCCCAUGCUGCUGUUGUGGUUGUGGCUSCAAGAAGUCUAAGARUGCUSCCGCACCUGUYCCUGCUGCAGCACCAAACGCUGUUGCCAAAAGCCAGUAAAURCCAGAAUAACAGCCUUGAGAAAAUUGGGGGGAACAAGGGAAUGCAUUCUUAAAGACUUCAUUUAAGACACUUCUCAUAACUAAUGAAUGGACGGCAUUGUUCAUAGAUUGAGAUCUUUUAACUAGCGUGUCUUCGAAAGUCUAGAAUAUGAAGCAUGAAUUCACCAUUUGUAAUUUUGAUGSUAGUUUACAUUUGAGAACAAAUUUAAUAAACUUAUUACUUACAAGAC